UAUUUGGUAUUAAACAGAAAUCUUCAUUUUACUUCCUACGAUCUUUCGUUAUAGACUGAUCAGUAUACACAUAGCAACACACAAAAUGGAAGAUCUUUGUGUAUAGUAUUGUAUGGCACUUGCAAUGUUGUGACAGUAACGAUGAAUUGCAUUCAAUCUCUAUCAAAGCAAUAACUUGUUUCAUUGACAUUAUAAUUCUUCGAACGAUGCCAAAUAUUAAUUAUUUUACAUCUUGACAUGUGAAAACUAAUUUUGUUUAACAUUGUUCCUACACCACAGUGGUCAAACCGAAUUUAUAGUGAAAACGUACUAAUAUUAUUUAAUUUAUUUUUUUAAAGCAUUCAAAGAACGAUUAUAAUGCGGUAACAAUUAUUAGGUUAAAUGAUAAAUCAUAUUUCAAAGACCUCAAUUCGAUGAUUAUUUCUUCAGUAUAAAUUAAUCUUUACUUAAGCGCAAUUAGGUUUACUUAGAGUUUUUUUUGAUAUGGAGUCUGCUGGUCAAAGUCAAGCUCAAAAUCCUGGCAACAGUGCUAACGAUGGGUUUGAAAACAAGGGCAGCUGUUUAUUAUUACGAUACGCAAGUCAAAAUUCGUUGGACGAGAGUUCCCAAAAACAUGUUCCGCGAGAAGGUUGUAGAGACAAACCACCUUAUAGAAAUCAUCAUCAUACCAACCGUGCGUUUGAAGUAAUCAAUGAAAUGCGCAAAAAAAAUCUAUUGUGCGACGUAAUCUUAGUAGCGGAUGGAGGAAUGGAAGUUCCAGCACAUAAAAUGGUUCUUGCCGCUUGUAGUCCUUACUUCUAUGCUAUGUUUACAAGUUUCGAAGAACGCGACCAGGAAAGAAUUACAUUGCAAGGAGUAGAUUAUUCUGCGUUAGAAUUAUUAGUCGAAUAUGUAUAUUCUGCUGAAGUUCAUGUCACAGAGGACAUUGUACAAGUGUUACUUCCAGCGGCAAAUCUUUUACAAUUAACGGAUGUUCGAGAUGCAUGUUGUGAUUUUUUACAAGCACAAUUACAUCCAUCCAAUUGUCUCGGAAUCCGUGCAUUCGCAGAUCUUCAUGGAUGUUUGGAAUUAUUGGCACACGCUGAUAGUUAUAUAGAACAACAUUUCUCAGAAGUCGUCGAUGGAGACGAAUUUUUAACGUUAUCACCGCAACAAGUUGCAAAAUUAAUCUGUAGCGAUCGUUUAAUGGUUCCAUCGGAGGAGAAGGUCUUUGAAUGUGUAAUUUCAUGGGUCCAUCAUGACUUGGAAACACGACAAGCGCAUUUAGCCCAAUUAAUGGAACACGUGCGUUUGCCAUUACUUUCUCAAGAAUACCUUGUACAACGUGUAGAAGAAGAACCUCUUCUUAAAGCUAACUUACAAUGUAAAGAUUUUUUAAUAGAAGCUUUGAAAUAUCAUUUACUAAAGGGCGAACAGAAAUCAUUAUUCAAAACACCACGUACAAAGCCAAGACAGCCACGUGGUUUACCUAAAGUAUUGCUGGUAGUCGGUGGACAGGCUCCUAAAGCUAUCAGAAGUGUUGAAUGCUAUGAUUUUAAAGAAGAAAGGUGGUAUCAAGUGUCUGAAUUACCAACAAGACGUUGUAGGGCUGGAUUAUCUGUACUCGGUGAUCGCGUGUACGCUGUAGGAGGUUUUAAUGGUUCUUUAAGAGUUCGUACUGUAGACAUUUAUGAUGCAGCUACCGAUCAGUGGUCACCUUGUCCAGAAAUGUCCGCGAGAAGAUCGACUCUUGGUGUUGCAGUUCUUGGCAAUUGCAUCUACGCUGUUGGUGGUUUCGAUGGUUCCACCGGAUUAAACUCUGCCGAAGUAUACGAUCCAAAUAGUCACGAAUGGCGAAUGAUAGCACCGAUGUCAACGCGUAGAAGUAGCGUCGGUGUUGGUGUCGUAAAAGGUCUUCUUUAUGCUGUUGGUGGAUACGACGGAGCAUCACGGCAAUGUUUAUCCAGCGUAGAAUGUUAUAAUCCAGAUAAAGAUCAAUGGAAGCCAGUACCUGAAAUGUCUGCACGCCGUAGCGGAGCAGGUGUAGGUGUAUUAGAUGGAAUAUUAUAUGCGGUUGGUGGACACGAUGGUCCGUUAAUAAGAAAAAGCGUAGAAGCUUUUAAUCCAGAGACUAAUCAAUGGACCCCAAUAAGCGAUAUGGCUCAUUGUAGACGAAACGCUGGCGUGGUAGCUUUGAAUGGACUUCUGUAUGUGGUUGGUGGUGACGACGGUUUAUCCAGUUUAGCAUCCGUUGAAGUUUAUUCACCUAGAACCGAUACCUGGACAACAUUGCCAACUUGUAUGGGAAUUGGUCGUAGUUAUGCCGGUGUUGCAAUAAUUGACAAACCGAUGGCACCUGCUACGACGAUGUGA